UAGCCUGGAAUGCCCCACAAGACGCUUGCCCACACAACAAUAGUGAGAGCCUAUGCCCUGAAAACCAUUCCAACGGUUUUCAAACAGUCACCCUAGAUGAAUCACAUGUAUCCACUGUGCUUACUAUUGUUAAAAGUGUAGCCUGA